AAUACAAAUAAAAACGAAUUAAAUCACAAAACUAUCAUAAGAAUCCUAACAGUUCUUGGGUACCCUAUACAAAGUGUGGAUAUACAGUAGAAUGGUAACAUCUUUUAGGCCAACCAAUACAUACAGAUAACUUAAACCUGAAACAAUAAACCUGAAUAUUCCAGCAACAACCAUUUUAUUUACUGGUAUAGAUGUAUAAUUACAGCAAAACAGAGCACACAGUGGUAAAUAAAUAAAGGCACUUGGGUGCAACUUGUCUGACUUUUUAGGUACAAUAGGAGUAUAACUUUUGACAGACCGAUUGGGGUUGAGCUAGUUUCAAUAUAUAAAAUACCACCGCUACGUUGUUCUGUGGAGCAUGAUGACUGUACAGUAUAUUUCCAAUAAGAAGGAAGCUUUUUUCCCGCUCUCUUGUCUUCCUUCAGGUAUAUCUCAUCUGGAGAUGCUUCAGUCUUGACACACACACCAACACGAUGCAGGUGAUCAGGUUGUAUCAGAAUAACUCUUAGAGUUCAGGAAUGGGGAUAUGAGAUGUUGUCCAACUUCCUUGAUUCCUUUCCAAAAAUGUACUCACGUCACAUAGUUAAAUAUUGAGUAAGGCAAUUAGUAACCAAUGUGAGAGAAGCACUUGACACCCAAGUGCUUCCUUGUACAAGCCUGGCUCCAAAUCAGAAGGAAAUACUAUUCUCAAAUACACCCUCCCUUUCCUGGUACCUUGUACAUGUAGGUGAUGCAACCCAGGAAGCUGUCUUGUUUUCCAUAACAUCAAAUGCAUAACUCUAUUUCGCCGAUGCUCCGGGAAACAACCAUACAUCUGGACAUCAUCCCUGGCCUGAUUACAGGGCAAACUUGUAAUGAAAGGAUACUUUCAAAAAGUGAUUGAAUUCAUGUGGAUUUACCCUUUUUAUGAUGUUAUAUUCUGUUACAUAGUGGCCUAUUUACAUUGCCUGUACCCCAGCACAUUGACUCGGUACUGGUACCCCCUGCAUAUAGACUCUUAUUAUUUUACUGUGCUCUUUUUUUAUUUUCCUUUAGUUUAUUUAGUAAAUACUUUCUUAACUCUAUUUCUUGAACUGCAUUGUUGGUUAAGGGCUUGUAUUCGGCGUAUGUGACAAAUAACAUUUUAUUUGGAUUUGAUGUCUACGCUUUGCAGUUGUCAUCCAAAACUAGAAAACGUGAAAUUAUGUGAGAAAUGUCUUACAAAAAUGCAAUUUAUUGCAAAAACACAGCAUUUCCGUUGAUCCAUCUGCUGUGUCUUGUCAUGUAAUGAAUGUACUGCAUAUUUAAUGAAUGCCUCAACAGAUCUGUGGGAAUUCAAUAUUGUAUUUCUAAAGGGAUUUUUCCCACCUGUUUGUUACAGUCUUUAAUUUCUAAUGGGGUUUGCCAAACAAUGUGUUGAAACCAAGCCAGAUUCAAUUAGACCUACCUCAAAAACAAACUGGCCACAAAAAUGUUAUUUGUAAUUCAUGAUAGUCUACCUGCCUGUAACACAACAGGGGCAGGUCCCUAUAAGCCUGCCCAAGUUUCGUUACAGGCAGGUAUAAAUGGAAAAAACUCAGGAGGAAAAUUUUCAGAGAGGAAUUGAUGCUCACCUCACCUUGAGUUCAAGAUGAAGCUGCUUCAGGAUGAUGAAACCAAACUGUCUCACCAGACUAAACCAAAUAAGUGGGAAACGAGAGCCAACAGGUGUCCGUUUUCUAUACCCGUGCGUAACGUGAAGGAUGGCUCAAGUCUCAAAGACAUGCUGCACCACCAGGCAGUCAAGAACCAACCAUGCACAUCAAAAGUUUGUGAAGGUUCUGUCAUGACUCCGAAGGCUCUAGUGCGCGGUCCCAAAGUUUCUACUCUUGAAAUCCUACCUCAGGCUAUCGACCUAAUCAACCAAUACUACAAGUCCUUCAAAAUCCCCAAAAUUGAACACCACCUCGCCAGAUUGGAGGAAAUUACUAUGGAGAUAGAUUCCACAGGAACCUAUCAAUUGACUGUUGAGGAAUUAGCGUUUGGUGCUCGGCAAGCAUGGAGGAACGCCCCAAGAUGCAUCGGCAGGAUUCAGUGGUCCAAUUUACAACUGUUUGAUGCCAGAAAGUGCAAGACUACUCAGGAAAUGUUCCAGUUUCUGUGCGAACACUUACAGUUUGCCACAAAUGGAGGAAACCUAAGGUCUGCGAUUACCGUCUUUCCUCCGAGAAAGGAAGACGGGCAUGAUUUCCGGGUGUGGAACAGCCAGUUGUUGAAGUAUGCAGGUUACCAGAUGCCUGAUGGCAGUAUCCAGGGAGACCCAUCCAGUGUAGAAUUCACUACGAUCUGUAUCCAGCUUGGAUGGAAACCUCAAUACGGCCUCUUCGAUGUGUUGCCACUAGUCCUGCAGGUCAACGGGGAGGACCCAGACCUUUAUGAAAUCCCUCCACACCUGAUCCUGGAGGUUUCCAUGGAACACCCCCAGCAUAAGUGGUUCCAAGACCUAGGACUGAAGUGGUAUGCUCUGCCUGCGGUGUCCAACAUGCUGAUGGAGAUUGGUGGACUUGAAUUCCCAGCCUGUCCCUUUAAUGGCUGGUACAUGGGCACUGAGAUUGGCGUGAGGGAUUUCUGUGACUAUCAGCGUUAUAACAUCUUGGAGGAAGUGGGUCGCAGGAUGGGCCUGGAGACACACAAGCUGUCCUCACUGUGGAAGGACCAGGCCUUGGUGACCAUCAAUGUUGCAGUCAUAUACAGUUUCCAGAAAAACAAGGUAACCAUCACAGACCACCACUCUGCAGCCGAGUCCUUCAUGAAGCACUUGGAGACAGAGUUCCGGCUGCGCGGCGGCUGCCCUGCAGACUGGGCCUGGCUGGUUCCUCCCAUGUCUGGCUCUCUCACCCCCAUCUUCCACCAGGAGAUGGUCAACUACAUCCUCUCUCCCUUCUUCUACUACCAGCCUGACCCCUGGAUGAGCCAUGUCUGGAGAAAUGGAGAGAUGUGCCUGAAGAAGCAACAGAUCAGCUUCAAAGCGGUGGCCAGGGCGGCGCUCUUUUCUUCCACCCUCAUGAGCAGAGUGCUGGCUAAAAGGGUGCGUUGCACUGUUCUGUACGCUACUGAAACAGGGAAAUCACAGACAUUCGCCCAGAGACUGAACUCCAUGCUAAACGGUGCCUUCAACUCCAGGUUGCUCUGUAUGGAGGACUAUAACUUCAGUGACAUGGAACAGGAGAGCCUUCUGGUUGUGGUAGCUAGCACCUUUGGGAAUGGAGACUCCCCUGGAAAUGGAGAGAGUUUUAAGAAACAGCUUUUCUCCUUGCAGUAUCUCAGGAACAAGUUAAGGUACUGUGUGUUUGGGCUGGGCUCGAGGAUGUACCCACAGUUCUGUGCAUUCGCCCAUGCCGUGGAUGCCAAGCUGGAGGAGCUGGGGGCAGAGCGGGUGACGCCCACUGGAGAGGGGGAUGAACUGAACGGACAGGAGGAGGCCUUCUCUGCCUGGGCUCUCACCGCUCUCAAGGAUGCUUAUAAGGAGUUCAACAUCCAGGGACAGCUGAGUCUGCAGCUCCCUGGGGCAGAGCAAUUCUGCGAGGCCUGGGACCCACUGAGACACCGCGUAGCAGUGGAGAGCUGCCCCCAGGACCGCAUCACAGCACUUUCAGCCAUUCACUCUAAAACGGUCUUCCCUAUGAAACUGAAGAGCAAACAUAAUCUACAGAGCCCCCAUUCAAGCCGGUCCACCAUUUUGGUGGAGUUGGAGAGGGAGAGAAGUGCAGAGGUCAUGAACUUUGCUCCAGGAGACCAUGUUGGUGUUUUCCCAGGGAAUCUCCCUCAACUGGUGGCUGGCAUCCUAAAGUUCCUUCCCCAUACGCCCCCAACAAACCAGUGCCUACGACUGGAAUACCGUUCUGACACCUGCCGAGAUGAUGAGAAAAACUGGCAGACUGUUGGACGCAUCCCAGCAUGCCCUUUGUCUCAGGCACUCACCUACUUCCUGGAUGUGACCACGCCCCCCUCUCAGAACCUCCUCCACAAGCUCUCUCAGUUGGCGACACAGGAAGAGCACCGACAGCGUCUACUGACCUUGGCAAAGGACUCUCAGGAGUACACGACCUGGAAGAUGUUCCGUGUUCCCAACUUCCUGGAAGUCCUGGAGGAGUUCCCGUCUUUAGAACCCUCUGCAGCCUUCCUCCUCAGCCAGCUGCCUCUGCUCAAGCCCCGCCUCUACUCCAUCAGCUCCUCCCCUCAGCUCCACCCCAACGAGCUACAUCUCACUCUGACAGUGCUCAACUAUCACACACAAGAUGGACAGGGUCCUCUUCACCACGGGGUCUGCAGCACCUGGCUGGAUACCAUUAAGAAAGGAGACCUGGUACCAUGUUUUAUCUACAGUUCAGGUGGGUUCCACCUCCCAGCAGAGCCCAGCACUCCAGUCAUUCUGGUGGGGGCUGGCAGUGGCAUCGCGCCCUUCCGAAGCUUCUGGCAACAACGGCUACACGACAUGAAACACCCAGAGUUCUCUGGAAGUCCUAUGAGCCUGGUGUUUGGCUGCCAGAGUUCGGAGACCGACCAUUUAUACAAAGAGGAGACACUGGAGAUGAGAAGGCGAGGGGUCCUGAAGAGCGUUACCAACGCAUAUUCCCGCCAGCCAGGUCUCCCAAAGGUCUAUGUCCAGGAUGUCCUGAGGGAGAGGAUGGCAGAGGAGGUGCUGAGUGUGUUGCACCAGAAGGAGGGUCACUUCUAUGUGUGUGGGGGUGUGAACAUGGCCCAGGGAGUUACUCUAGCAGUACAGGAGAUUCUGAGCAGCCAGCUUGGCAUCACCCUCACACAGGCAGGAGAAUACCUGACCCAACUAAAGAUCCAGAAGAGGUACCAUGAGGACAUUUUCGGAGCCCAGUUUCAGAAGUGAGGUGGUCGGGCUCUGCUGGCUUGUGGGAAUAAACUCAAUGGACGGAGAAAGAUCUAGACAUAACAUGGAUUUUUCGCUAUUCUUGUGAUGCCCUGUUUUUGUUUUUGGUGAUAGAUUAGGAUUGUCACUUUGGAAAUCUUUUGUAGCUGUUGGUGGUCCCAAGCAUACCACUUAGCCAUCCUUUGGCCCUCUGCCUGAAAAAUGUCACUUUAAGUAUAUUUCAAAGAGAUGAUUAUAACAUUUAUAUUCACAUGAUGAUAUUAAAGAUUGAUUACAGAUGCAUAGGUUUUAAGUCUAUGUAGUGUUUGUACAAUAUAACGGAAUGUGGGAUUGUUGAAUCUGUAUUAUGAAAAUGUUUAAUAUGCUUGUAGUCAGAAUGUGUUUUACAUGUUGUGAACAUUCAUUUUAAAAAAUCACAUUACAUAAUCAUUGUAGUCAGAGGUGAUUUUAGCAUGUACCCCUUCACUUUUCCACAUUUUGUUACUGUUAUGGGAUUUUUAUGAAUAAUGACUAAAUUAUGUAUACAUUUAGCUUAGAAUUAUAACUAAACAGAAUACUACUCUGUUACUGUAUGAAUGUAUGAAUCUUAUUAUAAUACUGAAAAUAAGGUGUAGUUUUAGUCAAGAAUUAGAACAAGGAUUUUCUGUUCCUUGUUAGAAACUAAUGGAGCUAUCGUCAGACCGGCUGGAAUACUGUGUUCCUUACAGGACAUUCUGUCCCUACCCAGGGAGGGGAGAGACCUUGGGCUUGUAGUAGAUUGUUUAACAGGUGGCAGACAAUGUGAGAAGGCUUGUGAACUAUAUUGCCAUUGUAUCUGAGAGGAGGAGUGACAUUUUUGACAAUGUGAGUUAUAUAAACCAAUGUACAUAGUAUUAUGACCACAACGUUCCCGAGAAUAAACAUUUCACUAUUGUACUAUUGCA